AUGACAGACUUCGACGCAACUUGCCGCUUCUCGUCACUGGGUCCACACGAUGUCGGGAUCAGCGAGUUUGCUGACUCACGUCUUCUCGGUAUAGGGGGGGUUAUCAAGUGUGUCCCAUCGGAUUUUAUAGUCCAAGAGAUUUCGAAGGAGAAGAUCAUCUCUUCGCAUGGUGAACUGGAAAACCCCAAUGAUACGGUGGUGAAGGCAAGCAGGGACGAAGAUGAUUGCUACUUUCAGUUCACCUUGCAUAAAACCAUGAUUGACACAUUCGAGGUCAUCUCGGAGCUUUCUUCAGCUCUCAAUGUGCCCUUCAGCAAUUUUUCUGUCUUUGGCUUGAAGGAUUCGUUUGCUAUCACGACACAGGAGAUGACAGUCUACGGAGUCAGCAAGGAACGACUUGAAGAGGUGAAUGAGUUCGACAAGUUCAUCAUCAGCAACAUCCGAGAGGCUGAUGCUCCUCAACGUCCAGGACAGCAUUAUGGAAACAAGUUCACGAUAGUCGUGCGAGACUUGAAAGCGGAUGACGAGCAUACUCAGGUCGCAAUGAAGUCUCUCACAGAGAAUGGCUUCGUCAACUACCUUGGCAUGCAGAGGUUCGGCAAAGGUUCGUCAGAAACUGAGCUGAUGGGGCGUUUGCUUCUGAUGCAAGACUAUAUUACAGCUGUAGACGCACUCUUGAGGCCUCCACAUGAGGACGAAAGGCACGUCAAGGAGCUGAGAGCAUGGAACCUUGCCUGGGAAGCUUGGACACAUGCCAGAGACGCAACGACGGCUCGCAACAUCAUGCCCAAGUCAAAGAGACAAGAGUGCGACGUGCUGGAUCAUCUGGUGUUCUUCGGCAAGAAGGGCCUGCCAUUGCACGAAAUCUGUCGGAAGACAGUUCUCUCGAUCCCCCUCCAAAAGCGGAUGCUUAUGGUUCAUGCUUACUUCGGCAAGAUCUGGAACGUGAUGGCAAGUGAACGACUGAGGAUGUAUGGCAUCGAUCCUGUCGUGGGCGAUCUUGUGUACAAUGAUGAUGUGGAGGACAGCACAGAUGUCAACGACGUCGAGAGCUCAGACACAGAAUUAGAAGACUUCAGCUGGACAUGGAGCAGCAAAACCAAUACUAAAGUCUUGAGCGCCCAAGACAUUGAAAGCAAAAGGUACACUCGUUUUGACCUGAUUCUUCCCUUUCCUGCUGGAGAUGCAGCAUAUCCCAACAAUGAGAUGUCGAACUUGUACCGAAUGUACCUCUCAUACGACCUUGGAGUCUCUCAGAUUCAUUUCAUCGAACGAUCGUGGCAUGGAAACAAGCUGUUUUUGCGGCCCGUCUAUCGACAUUUGUUCUCUAAGCCGGAAGAGUUUACCUGGAGCAUUGCAAACAUUGACAAGAGUUGUCCAGAGGACAUGCGGACGCAACCCAUUCAUGAAGAUCCUGUCCUCGGAAACAUGGCCAGAAAAGCAGCACCUCUCGCAAGCUUUCCCAAUAUGGAAGCGCUCAAGGUGCUCGAGAUGAAGUUUACGCUCAAGUCAGGACAGUACGCCACCAUGAUGCUGCGAGAGCUGAUCAAGAACCGGGCGGGGAUGUGUUUGAAUUGUUCAGAGAUGCACACAGCUAGUCAUAGCUACCAGUGCAAGAAUGGCAGGAGAAAGAGGAAGCAUAUUCGUUUUGAUUCGGAUGAAGACUAG